AUGAGCCUCGAGCAUGUGCUUCUGUUCAGCAAUCCAUGGUUGGGCGGGAUCAGAGGCUCCAGCACCAUCCUGCGCAACAUCACGUCGCUUUCCAGCGCGAUAGCAUACUCCGAUCGCAUAACGGAGAACAUUACAACACUCUCCACGAACUAUGCUGCCAGCGACGGCAUCAUCCAGGGUCUACUCUACACGCCCGACAUUGACCCUGAUGACCCAUGCAGCGCGAGAGCUAGCCAGUACAUCCCGAACAAUGCCACGAAGCAAGAAAACCUCCCACCCACAUCAUAUAACCUCAUCGCCCUGGCGCCAUGGAUAGACCCGGACUGCACCUACUCGUUGUUGACGUCCACACGGGCCGACCAGCUCCGUGCCUUUAUAUUCUAUCUGCCGGGCAAUGAUACGUCGCAGCCCCCAGGCGCCGACGAUGCAGUAUGGAAGCUUGAUAACAGCAGCACGGGCAACUCUUGGAUAGCGAAAUACCGCUAUCCGAUCUAUGUUGUUCCGAGUGCCACCGGCUCCAGAAUGAUGCACGAGCUCAGCUUGUAUUCUGGCAACUUGACGCAGGUCCCAUACGGAGCCAACAUCACGGAGCUAUACCACCCCGACUCUGCAGAUUACGUGCGAAUAUGGACCGAAUUGAGGGUAUCAUUCGACAAUACCCCGUUGCCCAUAUGGGCGUAUGUUUUGAUCAUCUGCGGCGUGGUACUCUUGAUACUGGGAAGCACCUCUUUAAUGAUGCAUUGGAUUCAAAAUCGCCGCCGGGCAUCAUUGCGCCGCCGUGUAAAGAGUGGCGAGGUUGACCUGGAGGCCCUUGGCGUCAAGAGGUUGACUGUCCCGCCCGAGCACAUACUGAAUUUCCCUCUCUUCACGUACAAUUACGACCCACCGACCUCACCCAUGUCGCCGACAUCACCGUAUCCAGAGGAUGUCAAAGCUGCUUAUACUGCCACCAGUAGCCACGGAGCCUUCCCAAGAGGAUCUAUAUUACCCACUGAUUACCAACCUAAAUGUCACAUCUGCUUGGACGACUUCGAGUCCAAGGUGACCAUCAUCCGGGAGCUGACAUGUGGACAUAUCUUCCACCCGGAAUGCAUCGACGAGUUUCUUGGCGAAAUCAGUUCACUAUGUCCUAUAUGUAAAAAGUCCAUGCUGCCUAGAGGGUAUGCUCCGAAGAUCACAAACGGGAUGGUGAGACGAGAACGAGCAACCCGUCGAUUGAGGCCGCGCAUUGUCGCCCCGGCGACCUCUGAAGAACCUCGUCAGCGAGUCGACUCCUGGGGCAGCACGGUGAAGAGGCACCUUCGCAGCGCCCCAAGCUCCCCAACGCUUUCGAAACACCCAGUGAUCGAGUUGCCUGAGAGGGCCAAAGACCCCGAGACUGCACGCCAGCGAAUGCGAGAGCUUGCCGAUCCGAUCGACGAUCGUAGUGACGAUGGCAAUCCUCCAUGGAAACGUGCAGUCGCCAAGGUCUUCCCCUGGCCCUGA